CAGAUUUCUAAUUCUAUAUCCGCAGUCGUGUUUACAUUUUAUUUUGCAGCUGAAGUUAUUGAAUUCCCUGAAAUUAAAUACCAUGAGGAGUUAAACAUAUUUUUUCUCCAUAAAAGCGAUGUCCUCGCAAUGUUACAUCAUGAACAUGAACAGGGUUGUGUCUCAAAACGGGCAAGAAAAUAUGGACUCGAAACCAGCUCUAGCAAAAGAAAAAGUAAUGUCCUACGAGGCUAAAUCUGUUGGAUCUACGGCCUUCUUCAAAUGCGAGGCGUGUCCUUUCAUGGCAUUCGCUGAGGACGAUAUAAAGUUUCACCUAUUUACUGUGCAUCCUGAGUUGGCAAAACGUAAUGGACUAGCAGACAACAUUCAAAUCCCUUGUCCUGGAUGUACAAGCGUGUUCGACGCCGAAGAAACUCUGCGGACACAUCUUCGCAAUCACCAUAAGAUGGGUAUAAAAGAUGUUAAGAAAAUGGUAAAAAGUCUUGUACAAAUCGCUCUGAAAGAUGCUAAGUUAAAAAAGGAAAUAACUGUCAACGAACCUACCCCACCGCAGCCAGAACUAGCUGAAGUAAAAAUACCACAACUAAUAGAAAUAGUCCCUGACAUUGUGAAUGCCAAUAACAAGCAGCUACCAAAAGGUGUAGCGUUUAUUUCUGUGGAUGAACUAAACAAAAUGAGCAUGCCCAACUUUGAGAAAGUUGAUCCCAAAGAAGUCAUACAAGAAGCUAGCAUAAAUAUAGUUUAUACUAAUGAUGUCUCAACUCAAUAUGUAAAUGUCUCAAAUACAUCAACAUCUAACACCACUUGUAACCUUAUACAAAUGUCAAGUGUCACUCCAGAUUUGAUAUCCUCCAUACAUCCUCGGAUACCAACCAUAGACAAGAAUAUAUCCUCAGUAUCAUCACCACAAACUAAAGAGAGCCAAGAAGUCCAACACAUUCCUAUGAAGCCAGAUAGAGGAAGAUUGACUCCUUAUCCAAACAGAAAUGAAGCCAGAAAAGUUGAAGAGACAAUAGAAAAAAAGUAUAUAUGCUCAGUUGGUAAUUGCCACGUACACUUCAAGGAGGAAAUAAAUGUAUUAUAUCAUAGGAAGUGCCAUAAAGAUGGAGACAUCAUGUGUCCAGAAUGUUCAGAAAGAUUUGUGACGAUGGAGCAGCUGCACAUACACCUGUGGAAGCUGCACAAGAUAGAUCUGGAACUGCCUACAUGUGAGCUUUGCGGAUAUAAGACAUCCUUGAGGUACAGGCUGCGUGUACACAUGAAAUCCCAUGGGACAUACAGAGCUUAUUCAUGUACAAUGUGUCCAAAAAAGUUCAAAAACGCCAACCAGCUGUCCAAACACACGCUGUACCACCGCCGCAACGGCCCGCCAGUGGAGUGCGAAGUGUGUCACAAGCAGUGCAGCAAUGCGCGCCAACUACGCACGCACGUCGCCACCGUCCACGACAAGGUGAAGCCGUUCAAGUGCUGCGAGUGCGACUACACCGCCGCCAGGAAGGAAGAACUCAAGCUGCAUAUGAGGUCACAUACUGGCGACAAGCCCUACGCCUGUGAUCAAUGCGAGUACCGAUCCGGGGACCACAACGCGCUGCGUCGCCACAAGAAGCAACACUCCCAAGAAAAUGCUUACAAAUGCAAAUACUGCCCUUACACAGCCAUCCAGUCCACCAGAUACGCCGCACACAUGCUCUCGAAACAUCCCGAAUUGACCCCAGACGAUGUGCACUGCUGCCCAUAUUGCCCCUUCAAAUCCGUUAGCAAAGACAAAUACUCCAUACAUCUAAGCACACACAGAGAUAAAGAAAGCCGUAACUUACUACUGGAAAUGACUAAAUUGAAAGCUAAUAAACCGAGCUGGACGAUACCGAGCGAGACUUCCGAUAAACCAGAAGAAGUACAGAGUAACUCUAGCGAACAAAAUGUUGAGGGUAGUCCAAAAACUGUUAACACAAUCCCUAUAGAAGUAUAUGACUGUGACAGUUUACCUGAUACAAUGCCUCAGGAGUACCCAAAAAACUAUUGCACUAAUUCCUCAGACAAUAACCAGCAGGCGAACUUUAACCCCGAAAUUGUAACAGAUUUGAGCAAAGACGAUAAUAAUUCCGACUGCUUGAUUUCCGCAAAUUUUAAUAUACAGGAAAGGCAUCAGUACACCUCGCAACGUCCCUUGCAAAUGACCUACGACUCGUCGCAAACAAAUCUUCAUUUCCUCCCAUCAGUUUCUAUAGAUCAAAAUUUAUUGCAAAGCAGUAAUGUAAAUUCACUAGCCGUAACCCAUUCGCCAGUCAGUAACAGUAUGAGCAACAAUAUUAUGAGCAAUUUUCCUAUUCGAUUACCACCAUCGUCGAUUGCAGUACGCAACAACAUCACUUUAAGACCGGUCGAUAAAAUAUCAUUUCCCAUGACCAAAGUCAUCGGCCCAAUCAUAAAACCGAUGAUCCUUCCCGUGCCGUCUUCUAGACACUCCCCGAUCAAUAUUUCUAACGAAAUAGAUGGAGUUCCACGGAAGAAACCCAAGAUAUCGGUGAAAAGCAAUUUGAUAUUGAAAGGGCCAGAUCAGGUUAACAUGUUCCAUUCGCAACAGAAAAUGGCGUUUAAACAACUGGAGGACAACGAAAGAUACGGUCUGGGAGGUCCAGUGACUUUUAACAAUUUGAUCACAACUCAGUUCAUGCAACUGCCGCCCGAACCCGCCUUGAGUGAAUCUCCGAACACCAUAAUGGCGUACCCGCAAGAUUCUGCAACAACUCCUGUAGACAACGAAAUCAACGACAACCCUCAAAUAUUCUCAUUCAACCAGCAAAUGAAUGUGACGGCCAUGACGAUGCUUCCGCCGCCCCAGAAGAUACAAACUAAUGAUCCAAGCUACAUCAAACUCGAGACUACUAUCAAACAGAACACGCAAUCUCCAAGCUUAGAACGAAUGUGUAACGCGAAUUUACUGAACAACCAAGCUAUUAGUAGAGAAUACAAAGCGUCACCUCCUUUAGAGGAUAUUCACAAAAAUAUGAAUGAAAUUAAAAAUGAAGUAAAAUCCGACGCGUUUUACACGAUGGCACUAAACAACACUGCCGCCAAUCCACCUUUGAUAGACCAGUAUAUGAUAGACAAUAUCAUACCGGAACAAUACCCCGCACAUUUGGACCUAUCCAGCGUGGUUCUGCCAGAAGAACCGGACCAGCAAAAUGAUGUUAUAGAAAUCGAUGACAAUUCGGACGACAACAAAUUAUUGCCACGAUUCGAUAUGAAUUUUUCUCUCGAAUCAUUGUGUUUGAUGCACAACGACUUUCACUUCCUUGAAAACGACAUCCCAGCGAAUAAUAUUCCCACCGAAUUACCUGUCAAUGAAAUGAACAGAAUGGUAACCGAAGUGCCUGUAAUAAACCAGAAGGAUAAUUUAGAUGUAGUGCCAGUAGAUAGCAACGACUGCCAAAAUUACAUCCAGGGCAAAAAGGACCCUAUGAUGAACACGUCUGUGAGGCCGUCAACUAAUAAAAUAAACGUCAAAAAUAUUGAAUUAAUGAAGAAUUGAUUUGUUGAAAUUGUUAUUUUAAUUAGUUAUGUAGAUACAAUUGUAAAUUAAUAGAUAUA